GCCCAGCAGCAAGCCGAGAACAAGGCGUCGGGCCGCACGGGCGGCAUCUACGUCCCUCCCUUCAAGAUCGCGGCGCUCCGCAAACAGACGGCGGGCCUCGACGCGUCGAGCCGCGAGUUCCAGAAGCUCAGCUGGGAGUCGCUGCGCAAGGGCAUCAACGGCCACGUGAACAAGGUGAACGUGUCGAACAUCCGGUCCAUCGUGCCCGAGCUCCUCGAGCUGAACCUCGUCCGCGGCCGGGGGCUGUUGUGCCGCGCGCUGAUGAAGGCGCAGCUCGCGUCCCCCGGCUUCACGCACAUCUACGCGGCGCUCGCGGCCGUGCUGAACACGAAGCUCCCCGAGAACGGCGAAUUAUUACUAAAACGCGUCGUCGUCGGCUUCCGCCGCGCGUACAAGCGGCGCGAUAAAGUGGUGGCGACGGCGUUCGCAAAGUUCCUCGGCCACCUCGUGAACCACCAGAUCGCCCACGAGCUCGUGGCGCUCCAGCUGCUGACCGUGCUUUUGGACGAGCCGACGGACGACUCCGUGGAGAUCGCCGUGAACUUCACGAAGGAGGUCGGCCAGCUUUUAGACCAGGUGUCGCCCGCGGGGCUGCUCGCCGUCUUCGAGCGGUUCCGCGGCAUCUUGCACGAGGGCGCCAUCGACAAGCGCGUCCAGUACACCAUCGAGGGCUUGUUCGCGCUGCGGAAGACGGGCUUCCUCGAGUACCCCGCGGUGCCCGAGGAGCUGGACCUGGUCGAGCGCGAGGACCAGAUCACGUUCGAACUGUCGCUCGACGACAAGAUCGACAAGGAGGACCUGCUCGACGUCUUCCGCGUCGACGACGACUUCGAGGCCCACGAGGCGGCCUGGGCCGACAUCAAGCGCGAGAUCCUCGGCGACGACGAGUCCGGCAGCGACGACGACGACGAGGAGGAUGAUGAUGAUGGUGCUGAGCCCACAGCCGCAACACCCGCGGUCGGCGGGCCCAUCCAGGACCUGACGGAGACGGACCUCGUGAACCUGCGGCGGACCAUCUACCUGACGAUCAUGUCGAGCGUGGGCUUCGAGGAGUGCGCGCACAAGCUCAUGAAGCUCGACAUCCGGCCGGGCCUCGAGAUGGAGCUCUGCAACAUGCUCAUCGAGUGCUGCAGCCAGGAGCGGACUUAUUUGCGCUACUACGGCCUGCUGGGCCAGCGCUUCUGCGUGACGACGCGGGUCUGGCAGGACGCCUUCGACAAGGCCUUCGAGGAGCAGUACGCGAUGAUCCACCGGCUGGAGACGAACAAGCUCCGGAACGUCGCGAAAUUCUUCGCGCACCUGCUCCACACGGACUCGCUGCCCUGGACCUGCCUCGAGUACGUGAGGCUCAACGAGGAGGAGACGACGAGCUCGAGCCGCAUCUUCAUCAAGAUCCUCAUGCAGGACCUCGCGGAGAAUUUGGGGCUGCCGACGCUCCGCGACCGCUUCGACGACCAGUACAUGCGCGACGUCUUCGCGGGCCUCUUCCCGCGCGAGAACCCGCGGGACACGCGCUUCUCCAUCAACUUCUUCACGUCCAUCGGCCUCGGCGGCCUCACGGACGCGCUCCGGAAGCACCUCAAGGACGCGCCGAAG